UGCAUAUACACAGCAUGGUGUUCGGGUUUGGAUCGUCGUCCAAGGACGGCAACGUUAAGCCGCCCCCAACGCCAAAGUGCCCGGAACUUACGAUGGAACAAGUACAACAGCUCAAAGCAGUCGCACACAUGACAUGCACGGACUUGGUGUACGCUUCGCGGCUGCUCCCAAACAGCAAACAUGGAGUGCAGUGGACUCCCAUGGAAUCGCCCAACCCCCGACUUCGGUUCUACUCGGGAACACAGCAGCACAGUCACGUCACGACACAUGAAGUACGGUUCAUGUGCUGCGUCACGACUGUUCAUGCUGCCCUAGACGACGUGAUCGACGUCCUCAAUGGCAGCACUCGUAGUUCCGUACUCGCGAACGACAUCAAGUCCAACUUGAACGGGGACAUCCUUGCCAAGGCCUCGCUCAAGACAUUCAAGUACCUCGAUCGACUGAAGAUUCGCCUGCGGUGGAUGGUGCUAAAGUCAGCAUCCCCUUACAUUCCCAUGCGUGACUUCGUCUUCCUCGAGUGUCAGAACAGCAUCCGCGUCGCAGGCCAUGCAGGUUGGGCAUGCAACAUGCACUCCGUCGCUCUGCCGGGCUUUGCCACGUUUGACGAGUCCCACAAUGUCAUUCGAGGGAGCUUUUACCGCACAGGGUAUGUGGUGACCGAGACAGACAUCCCUGGCCAACUUCGGCUCGUGCACAUGAUGCAAGCAGACUUCAAGGGCACCAGCAUGCCGGUGCACGUGUCUGACAUGAUGAUGCAGCGCCGCGUGGCCAAUAUUGCAUUCCUCCCAGCAUACUUUCGCAAGCUCGUGUUGAUCGAUCGCAUUGUGGCGGCGGCGGCCGACGAAAAGAUCCCCCGACCAAACCAAGCCAGCGCCGCCAAACACUGCACGCAGUGUCGCAAGAAGUUUCCCCUCCUCGGCAAAAAACUGGCCUGUCGUCUCUGUGGCGAGGUUGCGUGCGCCACGUGUUCCCACAGUCUGCAUGUUGAGCUCCAUAUACGUGGGUACAAUGGCAUUCGCGUGUGUGCCCUGUGCGACGCCGGCGACGACGACGACGACGACCCCAAUGACCUCAUGCGCUCGAUCCUCACGGAAGUGUUGAUGCAUGUGCCUGGUACCGAAUACUCGAGCCCGUCGAUCCCACCACGAGAUGGUCGUGCCCUGGCUACCCUUCCUCGCGACUCGGACAUUCUAGGCGACCCGAACGUAGACUCGCUUGUCUUCAGCGCGAGGCAGCCACAGCCAUCCAUAUACUAUGGCAGCACUUGCACGAUUCCUGAAGACAUCGAAGACGAGGAGCCGCCGCUCUCGUUGCGGGAACCAAGCCGAGGUCCGUCGGCCAAGGACUUGCGCAACAUGUCGAUUGCGUCCAGAGGCAGCCAAGUGCGAGGCCCCCGGGGCUUGGAUUGGUUGGACCCGCUCGACUCAUUUCGGAGUUCCGUGGCGAGCGGCAUCCAUUUUAGCCUGUACUCUGGUGCUCGGUCCACCAACGACCUUCUCCGUGACUCGAGUGACACCCACGAAUUGUAAUAUGUACUUACGUUAUGAGGCAGUAAUACUGUAUCAGUAGCCAAUCAAAUCCAAUUCAAC